GUGGAAGUGGAUUUUGUUCAUGUAUGUAGCUAGAGUAGAAGAGAGGAGGGCGACCUGAACGGGAUACCAUGUACAAGGAACGUCUAUGUUGAACUGUUACAGGUCGUACAGACACCAGCUAGAGUAUUUGAUCGCGAAACUACAUCACGCCCCGCUGAAUGACUCCCUGCGACUGGCCGUUCACCACUAACUCGGGCGGUGUUUCGUCAUUCUGUGGCGGCGAUCUGUUGCUACACUAUCUAAUCGCCAGCGACUUACACUCAGCAACUGUUGAGGCAAAGGCGCGCCAACACGCAGCCAUUUAAUUCGCUUGCCUAGAAAAGCGAGCGCUCCGGAGAUUGAUUUUGAUCUUGAACGUCUUUAAAUCUGAAGACAGGCAGACCAUCGAUACAAAACAAGGUGGAACAUAAUAUUCUCGUGAAGUGUAGCCGGUCCCAGUGUUGUGUCGUACUAGUUGUGUUGCAAAAGCAUAAGUCAAAGUCUAUUAUAUGUCGAUGCUGAAAGUGACUAGAUAAAUACAACAUGAAUAGCGUAAGACGUAGACGUAAGGGUAAAAGCGAAAAGUAGUAAUUUUUUACAGGACGAUGGCAAUUUUACGGCGGCGGGGGCACCCCCCAACGGCAACGCCAGCGGUAGCGAACUAAAUCGGUCCGCAUACCUAAAUUUGCUUAGGCACAACAAGCGCGCCCCGAACUGAGUGACGAAUGACUUGUACUGUCAUAAAGUACGAAGCGACCGGCGACUGUAAAAUGAAGUUCGCAGCGACCACUUGUUAAAAAAAGCGAAGAAGACGUCGAAAUCGAGGUUGUCGAUGAAGGAGCUACGUCUUUGGAAGGAGCCAGGUGAAGAAGUACAACAAGUAGCAACAACAGAAAAUCCAUAUUAAUCUGCUCCAGGAAGAAGGGACAAGCAACAUCCGCGCCGCAGACCUAGGCUGAGCGUUACUUUCUUUGCACCUCCACUACCUGCCCCCAACUCGUAGAAAAUGGCGCAGGUUGGCGGAGUCAUGUUCACGAACCUGCAGAAUGUGCCGGCGCUUUCGUCGGCACGUGGUGCCCCAGGGGGGUCGCCCGACGGCUUCGGGGACGUAGAGAUGGGGUCUCGCGAUGACGACGACCUGCAGCAGGGUAUUCUGCAGGAGGAUGGCUGGGCCGUCAUAGAUGCAUUUUUCGACGAGAAGGGUCUUGCACACCAGCAGCUGGGGAGUUUUAACGACUUCAUGAGCGUGCAGAUGCAGAAGGCCGCCGACAAUCACCCAGUGAUUGAAAUCAUACCACAGCCAACAUUUGAUAGCGCAGAGUUGGUACAUUUAUAAUUCAAAUUCUCCUGCUCCUUUUGUUGAUUGUGUACCAGUACCGUGCAAUAAUUGUCGCAGCUGAGCCCUUUUUUUGUUUCCAAUCUACUUGCACAUCGACAUUGCAGCGCAAAGUAAGUACAUUGCAUCGAUAAAAAGCAUAGGGCACUUCAGCGCAACUAUGGAAAUUCAGAUUUGUUGAAGUGCCAAGAGCAUCAACAAGGGCACGGAAAUAGAAAAACAUCAUAAACAUCUUCAGAUCAAGCCCACGAUUCAUCGGUUCACACUAAGAGAUCUCAGUGUGCACAAGCCGCAGACGGAGGACGCGAACGAUGCUGAGGGCACGACUAUGACACCAAAUAUGUGCCGACUCAGAAACAUGACCUACGCCGCCAACGUUUUCAUAGACAUUGAGCACAGCGUCUAUGAUGUGGUGGAAGACGACAAAGAGCAGUUGAUAAAAAAGACCCACUACAAAGGUAUACAUAGUGACUGCUUCUCUGCGGGGCCUGGAGUGACAGUUAGUUGAAGUUGUCCUCGUCCGUCUCUGCCGGAACUGCUUUUUGAUUUUGCUUCGUCACUCUCAGGAUUCUUUCAGUUUUCAUAUUGAAAGUGACGAAUCGGAGAUGAGAUUGCGGAAGCAUUAGGCAUCCAAAAAUGAAGAAAAAACAGGUAUGCACCUUUGCCAGAUGCCGGUGAUGUUGAAGAGCGACUAUUGCUGGCUCAACAACUGUACCGAAGAGGAGCUGUGCAAGUACGGGGAAUGUUCCUACGACAAUGGCGGUUAUUUCAUUGUGAACGGUUCCGAGAAAGUGCUCAUUGCCAUGGAACGAAUGGCCAAUAACUUUGUGUACGCGUUCCAGAAAAAGCAGCCCUCAAAAUACACCUGGGUCUGCGAAGUCAGGUACUAAGAGCACGUGGUAUCCGUUUCGAUUGCAAAGAAAAUGCAGCAUCAGCAUAAAAUGCAUGCCUGUUUUUGCAGAUGAAUGCGCUCUAGCUUGACUGUAUAUUGAGGAACAAGAUGCUUUUCGUUUUUCCUCGCCUUAUUAAUUCUUAUUUACGGAUAUCGAAGCGUGUACGUGAGCGCAGAAGUACGUAGUGCGUUUAUAGACUCACUCCACGGUUCACAAAGCAAGUGAAAACGCUCAGACCUCGAUUUGACUUUGAAUACUGAAAAUUCAGGUCCGCCCUCCACGAGGGAAGUGCUGCCAAUAGUGGAUUUGCGGUGAAGAUGUUGAACAACUUUGGGGGAAAAAGCUACUGCCGCGGGCAGAUUGUGUGCACAAUUCCGUACAUUCGAGUGGAGAUUCCGGUCGUGAUUGUGAUGCGCGCGCUAGGUAUUGUCGCUGAUAAAGACAUCCUGGAAAUCUGUUGCUACGAGCUAAGCGACCAGGCCAUGAUGAAUUUGAUGAAGACGAGUUUGGACGACGCUGCACCGAUCACAACGCAGGAGAUGGCGCUGGACUACAUCGCAAAACGCGGCCCCACGCUGGGCGCAACGCGCGACAAGAGAACCCAGUACGCCCGAGAAGUUUUGCAAAAGGAGCUGCUCCCCCACGUCGGGGUCGAAGCGUUCUGCGAAAAGAAGAAGGCGUAUUUCAUCGGAUACAUGACGCAUCGCCUGAUGCUGGGUGCUCUGGGUCGUAUUCAAGAGGAUGACCGGGAUCACUUUGGAAAGAAGCGCAUGGACCUAGCGGGUCCGCUUUUGAGCUCCAGUUUCGGCACUUUGUUUCGGAACACAUUUAUGACACAGAAAAAAGUAAACUGGCAUAAUCUAUCAUGCAAAAAUGAAUGUUGUGGAUAUGCCUGCUUCUCCGCUCCUUACCCAGAGAAAUCUGUCCUCUUGCAGAGCCCAAGCAGCAUGCUAUUCCUAUGGACCCUCUCCAUCUUCAUGUAUUCAUAGUUGCAUCCUACGCUAGCUUUUGGUUUUUUCUGCGGGAUAGCUUUUAAGUCAUUCCGACGCAUCGUGCAGCGCAGGGUAGACAUGAACAAAGACUUCGAUGUAGCCCCCGUCUUGGAAGAAGCCAACGUGAUCACAGACGGAAUGCGCUACCAGCUUGCAACCGGAAACUGGGGCCAGGACAAGCAAGGCAAACCGGUGCGACAAGGAGUGUCUCAGGUACUUAAAAUAGAGUUCUCAGUAGCAGUUGCAGUACAGUGAUACGUUCCAAUUUAUUGCGCAGGUGCCCUGGUUUUUCUCUUUCAUCAUUGCGUCCGCAGCUCUUCGUUGCCGUUUUCCUCGGGGUGCCUGGAAGUUCAGAUGUUUUACCUUUACCCGUAUGUUUCUCUCUCAUUCCUCAUUUGAAAACUAGACUAAAAUGGUAUACGCGCUUAUUCUCAAUCAAUAACAAGCUCAAGAUCGCGCAUGAGUGUCUUUUUUUCAAUUCUUACGAAUGAACGAGAGCGAGAAUUUCAGAAAAAAACGCCUUCUUUGAACAUUAUCCAGGUGUUGAACCGAUUGACCUUCAUGGCGACGGUGUCUCAGCUGCGGCGCAUGAACACACCACUAGACCGGACAGGAAAGAUCGCAAAACCCCGGCAGCUGCACAAUACGCAUUGGGGUAUGGUGUGCCCAGCCGAGACGCCCGAGGGCCAGGCCGUCGGGUUAGUGAAAAACAUCUCGCUGAUGUGCAACAUCACUAUUGGUUCGCCACAGUCCGUGAUUCUGGAUUUCCUGAAGGAGUGGGGCGUGGAAGAAUUGGAAGACGUUCUCCCAACGGAGAUCAAGACUUACUGCAAGGUUUUCCUGAACGGACAGUGGGCCGGGGUACACUCUCGACAGGCCGACCUCUUUCGCCGCCUGCUGACGAGUAAGCGGCGACUGGACUUUGAGUCCGAGGUGUCCAUCGUCACAGAUAUGGCAAACCGCGAAAUCAAAAUAUUCACGGACGCAGGGCGCGCCAUGCGUCCGCUUUACGUUGUAAACGAAAAAGCACAGGUACAGUUUCUGUUUUCGUUUAUACAUCAAUAGUAAGCUGCACCUCUCAUUUGCUGUUUGCAUUUGCUUGAAUUUCUUCGAGAACAAAUGAAAUGAAUACAAAAUUAAUACCUAAAUUAUAUAUCAUCUAUCUAACCAUAAUUACAGAGCCUCGCCAUCCGGAGGCACCACAUCCAGGAAUUAAAGAACGGCAGGCUCCGAUGGGGGAACUUGAUUGAAAAGGGUCUGGUGGAGUACAUCGAUUGUGAGGAAACGGAGAACGCAAUGAUUGCGAUGUUUGUCCACAAUGUGAACGAUGACCGCGCAUACUGCCGCACGUUUACGCACUGCGAGAUCCAUCCCUCGAUGAUUUUCUCUAUCUGCGCAAGUAUCAUCCCUUUUCCAGACCACAACCAGUCGCCCCGAAACUGCUACCAGAGUGCCAUGGGCAAGCAGGCCCUCGGUGUGUUUGCCACCAACUUCAACCAGCGCGUCGACACGCUCGCGAACGUGCUCUGUUACCCCCAAAAGCCGCUUGUGGGGACGCGAGCCAUGAACUACCUCAGGUUUCGGCAGCUUCCCGCAGGAAACAAUGUCACCGUCGCGAUCAUGUGCUACUCAGGUACCCGAAUGCACAUAUCGAAACAAAACCUAAUUUUGCCCUUUCGGAAUUCCUCUAAGAGACGAGAAAAAUAAACUGAAGUAGACUGAAGCAAUGAAUUAUGAAACUAGGUUCCUACAAACUACACAAGAAGUUGAAGACAAUUGCAGGCAACAUUUUCUUCUCUUCUAUGGUAUAGUUGAAACAAAAAGUUUCUAUGAUUAUUGAAGUUGCAAACAAAAACAUGGCACGAACAACCAGGUUACAACCAAGAGGAUAGUCUGAUUCUGAACCAGAGCUCUGUCGACCGAGGCAUGUUCCGGUCGGUGUUUUUUCGAAGUUACGCUGCCGAACAGGAGCGCAAAGGAAAUUUGAACACGGUGUUUGAAAACCCUUCAAGCGAAAUCAUCGACGCGGCGGGUGAACCCGUGCGCAUUACGGGCCGAAAGCAGGGUGAUUACUCCAAGUUGGACGAUGACGGUCUUGCAUUGCCAGGUACAAGAAAAGAAUGAUGUAAAAAAAAGAAAUCGCCCCGGCAGCUCUACUUCUACACUGCCUCGUCGUCGUCGUCGCAGCCGUAGUUCUACAACCUGCCAAGCAUGAUUUGUUUGUUUUUUUCUCAGAUGAAUGUGAAUGUGUAAGUACGGUGUCGAAGAGGAACUGCUGGGAAGAGAGCAAGAGAUAGAGAAAAAAAGAUGAAUGAUACGGAUAUUUAUAGAAUUAGCGAGGAGGUCAAAGUCGUAAAAAUGCGAUAACUACCUGCAACACCAGGCGGCCGGCUGUUCGGGGACGACGUGGUUAUCGGUAUGACGCAGGAUCUGGAGCCGGAGUUUGACGGGCAAACGAAUGAACCCUUGCCGGCGAAAAAGAAGGACUGCAGUGUGUGCAUGCGACCAGCUGAGACGGCAGUGGUGGACGAGGUUAUUCUGUCCACGAACAAGGACGGGUUUCGUUUUACUAAGGUCAAGGUUCGCACGUACAAGAUUCCGGAGGUCGGAGACAAGUUCGCGUCCCGACACGGACAGAAGGGUACCUGCGGGAUUCUGUUUCGCCAGGAGGACAUGCCGUUCACCCGAGAUGGAGUUGUGCCGGACAUUAUCAUGAACCCGCACGCGAUUCCUUCGCGCAUGACCGUGGGCCACUUGGUUGAACAGCUUCUGUCCAAGGUGGGCUCCCUAGCCGGAGGUGAGGGUGACGCCACACCCUUCACAAAAGUGACAGUGCGUGAUGUCGCCAGUCGCCUGCACGAACUCGGCUUCCAGAGGUACGGCAACGAACAGCUCUACGUAGGCCAUACAGGAAAGCCACUGCCCGCAAAGGUACUGCUUUUUCUUUAUCUGAUUGUAGGAUGUAUCCUCUUCCUCCGUGGUUUAUGUUUGUCUUUGUUUCUGAUAUUAGUCACAGUUGGCUCUAGGUCUCCUGCUUCUUUAUGUUUGAAGAAGAGAAAACUACUUACACGAGUCGUAAUUGUUUCGUCUUUGGUCUGGUAAGUUUGAGCACUUGAAUUUCAACGAAGACGAGACCGUUUGCUUCUAAAAUCAACAACAGAUCUUCAUUGGGCCUGUCUAUUACCAACGACUGAAGCACAUGGUGGCGGAUAAGAUCCACAGUCGCGCCCGGGGUCCGGUGACGCAACUGGUACGACAGCCACAGGAAGGUCGUGGUAAACAAGGUGGGUUGCGGUUCGGGGAGAUGGAACGUGACUGCAUGAUCUCGCAUGGAGCCGCCAAAUUUCUGAAGGAGCGGCUCUUCGAUGUUUCCGACGCAUUCCGCUUACAUUGCUGCGACAAUUGCGGUUUGUUUGCAAUCGGAAAUAUCGAAAACGACGUCUACCAGUGCAAGCUGUGCCGCUCCAAAGGGAAAGUUUCGCAGAUUACACUCCCGUACGCGGCGAAGCUUCUCUUUCAGGAGCUCAUGACUAUGAGCAUCGCGCCUCGACUCACACUCCAAGUCGCCGCAUGAUGUGAAAGCGACGAGGAGGCCCCUCCUGUGAGUGUAUCACUAGCGUUUUGUCAUCAUGGCGGGGACCUAGGCUCUCCGUCUCCCAAUACAAAAUAUCUCUAUUAUUGCGACAGUGGUGCACUUCUCGUGCCUAGUUCUGCUUCCUGUGUAGAAGACUCUUACGUCUUGUGUAUCAGUAGUACUUUUUUAAUUUGGCGAUUGCGUCGCCUUCGCUGCCGGCUGGCGAUAGAAUUGCUGCAGUUCUUUUGCUCGUUGGAGGUUGUCUGACGGCGCACACAAAUUGAGCACAUGUAGAUUUUGGCACCGAAAAUAUUAAGGUCUCUACAAGCCGCAUAAUUUUCGUUGUGUUUGCUAUAGAUAGCUGUCUACUGACUACUUCGUCGAACUCUUCUAAAUUACAUUUGGUCCACGUAGUGUCCGCCAGAUCCGCUCUUGAUCUUGUUUUUACUUACUUUAUCUGUUUGUUGCAUUAUUAUCUAUUUCGAGACGUAGAUAGACGCUCUUGUGGCGUGAAGAGAACACUGGUAGUGGCGCCUGGCAUGCGAAGCAAAAGUAUAUAUCGACACACGAAUGGGUCGUAUCUGAGUCUGACUUAGUACUAGUAGAGCGAGAUGAUGAGGGCUCGGUCUAAAAAUACGACAUUCGAAAUUUCAGUGAAAUACAAAUCGCGACAAGCUCAAACUCCGGCAUCCAAAGAGAUCCUGAGUUGAGUGGUUCACGUCAGACGGUGGAUGCACAGGCAUGACCAUAAUCAAUGAACGACCACGGGAAGUGGUGAAAUAAAAACAAAAAAGUGGAAAUAACCCUCCAAGAAGCACAAAAUGAAAUAUCAUAGCGACUUGCGUUGUCGGAAUAUGUGGC